CCUUAAAUUGCUUCUGCUUGGCACUUUGGAUUGAAGAGCCUUCAUCUUUCCAGAAAGCUGCCUGAAAGUACACUCUGUAACUGUCUCUUAAGGUGUUCUUGAAGAAAGGGAAAAGGGAGCAUGUAGAGGAGGAAAACAAUAGUUGAUUAAGAUACAAGAGCUUUGGAUUUCCUACCCUCAAGGCCAGGAUGCUAGCCCUAUAUCAUGCUCUAGCUUUAGCUAUGGUCCACAUCGUCAUCAUCUCAGAAAACUGGGUAUUUGCCAAGAACAUCAACUUCUAUAAUGUGAGGCCUCCUCUUGACCCUACGCCAUUUCCAAAUAGCUUCAAGUGUUUCACCUGUGAAAAUGCAGGAGAUAAUUACAACUGUAAUCGAUGGGCAGAAGAUAAAUGGUGUCCACAAAAUACACAGUACUGUUUGACCGUUCAUCACUUUACCAGCCAUGGAAGAAGUACAUCCAUCACCAAAAAGUGUGCCUCCAGGAGUGAAUGCCAUUUUGUUGGCUGCCACCACAGCCGAGAUACUGAACAUACAGAGUGUAGGUCUUGCUGUGAAGGAAUGAUCUGCAACGUAGAGUUGCCCACCAACCACACUAAUGCUGUCUUCGCUGUGAUGCACGCGCAGAGAACAUCAAGCAGCAGCGCACCCACGCCCUACCUCCUGGCACUUGCCUUGGCUAUCGUGUUCCCGUGGCUAUAAUGCCAAUAUCCCAGAUCAGCUCUUUGAAGCACAAGCUAAGAACUGUGUGAACAAUGACUAUUUGGGCAAAGACAAGCCUGGCACUUUCUGAAGAAUUCACAUUGGACCCCAAAGUAGAAACCAAGUGUUGAUGUAGCUAUGCACUAGGUCAUGUGAUGGAGGCUAAGGAGUUGAACAAGACUGAAGAGAUUGGCUUCCAGUGCAGGAGGCACAUUUGUGCAGGAAGAACCAAUUUGCUUCCAUGACUAGAGGCUGUAGGAGACCUAAUGAACCCUGUCAUAACAGGACUUGAACUGAAAAGAUUCCUUGACCUCGCUGGCUCCUACACGGGUUAUUGGGCCAGUUCUUCUUUCUCCGUGAUUAGGUCAGAGUGUUCUCAUGAAAUCUAAUCCUUUUAUUGAUAAUAUGAAACAGCUUCCUGUUCAUAAUUAGUGAGAAAGGUUGCUGCAAGAAGAAAAUUUCUAGUCAAACUAAUAUGAACUGCAUUUGCUACUUGUGGGGAGAAACAAAGCUUUUAAAUUAUGUAGUAUAAAAUGCCUGCUUGUGUGUUUCUUGACUUCAGACCUUGGAGAAAACUCUUUUUCAAUGGUAUCAAGGUCACUGACGUUAUUGGUCCAGGCUCCACAGGCCAUUUAUUCUGGUGUACAGUAUAAAACCCAUUGCCAAAAUGACUUCGGAUUUGUUCUUACUUUUUAUAUAAAAGAUGGUGCUUAAAAUGUUGAAUGCAAAAUUAAUGAAUUGAGAAGGAUGGGGAACCACCAAGA